UGUUAUCUAUUAUUUGACCAUUCUGGUUGUGGACGUUUUAAAGCAGAAUAUUAAUUAUGCUUUUUCAUAAUAAUAUAAAGUUUGACAAAAAAAUCAAGUUGUACAUAAUGUGAGAUACCCUAUCUCCAAUUUUCAUAUGGUUGACUUUAUUUAACUUUUGAAAUGAUGUCUUAUUGAAGAAGUGGUUCCAAUGACGGUGUCCGGUGAAGAAGUCCCACCGCAGCACCAAGUUUUCAUCAACUACAGAGGAGACGAGCUGCGGAAAAGCUUCCUCGGGUUCGUAGUGAAAGCCAUGAGAGAAGCAAAGAUCAACGUCUUCACAGACGAAGUAGAAGUCAAAGGUAGAGAUCUACAGAAUCUUUUCAGGAGGAUCGAGGAAUCCAGAGUCGCUGUUGUGAUCUUGUCUGAAAGAUACACAGAAUCUAGUUGGUGCUUGGAUGAACUAGUGAAGAUGAAAGAGCAGAUGGACCAAGACAAGCUCGUUGUGAUUCCAAUUUUUUACAGAUUAGGCGCUACCAACUGUAAGAGGCUCGUUGGAACUUUCGGUGACAAUUUCAGGAAUCUGGAGAGAGAGUAUCGGAGUGAGCCUGAGAGAAUCAAGAAAUGGAAAGAAGCUUUGAUCUCUAUUCCCCAGAAGGUUGGCUUGACUUUGGCAGGACACAGGGAUGAGUCUGAGUUGGUCGAUUCAAUCGUUAAGGAGGUGAAGAAAGUUCUAAUCGAUGUUUCAAGCAAGAAAAGAGGUAAAUUCUAACAAUUCCAACAACAUAGAAAGUUACUUAUAAGUUACUUCUGAUACACGAGAUCAGAAGGGGAGCUUCUGAUCAUCAAUUAAAGUUGCACAAACACAAAGAUUAUAAGAAUUUUUCUUCUUAUUAGAU